GGUGAUGUGGAGGAGUGCGGUCGAGCACCGAAGAACUAUCAGCUGAUCGUUCGUGAUGGCAAAGAAAUGUUGAUAAAGGUGAAAUUACCCGAAGUGCAUCCGCCUGUGAAGACCGCUGAAAGAUUACGAAUACGCAUGAACGAUGAUCACGUUUUGAUCAUUCAAGAUCGAUCGCGAACAGUGGCUGAUUUCUAUUUACCGAUGGAAGUGGAUUAUGAGAAGGCGAGCGUUGAAUUAAUUGUAACUGAACGUACACUACAAAUCAUCGCACCUUUUUAUUGUACGGCUGAUAUACAAGAUUAUAGUUGUGGGUGUUUUAUGUGGUACAGUGCCGUGAGUAAUUGUUUCAUUGCAGUGAAUUCUCUAGAUCCAGCAAUGUUAGCCACACGCCUUAUUGCUCGUCAUCUUUCAUCAUACAUUAACAAGGAACAGCCAGAUGAAUUGUUAAAAUUGCAGGAAGCCGCAUCGUUGGUGCCACGAUUCGAAAAGAUUCUGGGGAGUGAAUUCGUGAAAACAACUGCAACAGCUCGUCAACAGCAUGGACACGAUGAGAGUCAUCAUGAAGAAUCGCAACCGGAUGUUGUUGUUAUGCCGCAUAGUCGAGAGCAAGUAAGCGAUAUCCUGAAACUGUGCAAUGAAUCUCGAGUUCCAGUGAUUCCGUUCGGUGCUGGUUCUGGCCUGGAAGGUGGCGUUAAUGCGGUCGCCGUAAGUAUAUUCAUAUAUCUCUGA